AAUAUCCAACAAUAGCAAAGGAUUGACUGUUGCGAUAGUACGACCAAGUAUAAUUUGUUGCUCGCUAAAAGAACCAUACCCUGGUUGGUUGGUAUCUUUUGCUGGACAAUCAGGUAUCUUCAUGAAUAUCGGCAAUGGUAUUGCAAAAGUAUUAUUGGGUAAGGCAGAUGUAAUAUCAGAUAUAGUGCCUAUUGAUUAUGUAGUCGAUGUGAUAAUGUGUGCCGCGUGGCACGUCACGCUACAUAUUGAUAAUAGGGUCAAAGUUUACAACUGUACGAGCAGCGCACGUCCCAUCAAAUUGGGUGAAAUCAUAGAUAUCUUCGUGGAAUGUAGCAGACAAAUACCGAUGAAAAAUACGUUGUGGUAUCCGAGUUGCACGGUAGUAGCAAACAAAUAUGUUUACGAUGCACUGAAUAUACUUCUAAGUGUUUUACCUGCAUUUGCCGUGGAUAUUUUUUUAAGGCUUCAAGGUGAUAAACCAAUAGCAAUGAAUAUGAGCAAAUUUUACAAUAAAUUGGUCACAGCGACAGGCUACUUCAACUCGAAUGAAUGGUCUUUCAAAAGAGAUAACAUUGCCGACAUGAUAAACAAGGUGAAAACCUUUGAAGAUGGAAAUCUUGUUAAACUGGACUUGCAGGAUAUGGAUUGGAAGAAAUAUUUAGCAAAUUACUUGGCGGGAAUUAAGAUAUUUGUUCUGAAGGAAGAUUCUCAAUCUAUAAAUACAGCAGCGCAACGGUUAUCGAUAUUCUACUGGAUACGUCAGAUAACUAAAGGAUUCGGUAUAAUCAUUUUAUUUCUGAUAAUAUCGGUAACAAUAUUGCUAUGCACCGACUACUUCAAUGUUAUGUUUCCCGCUUGAAUCAAGAACAACGUAUAUGGAACAUUAUGGAAAAGGGCCUUGGAAUAGGAACAUGUCGCUACAUAUAAAGGGUAUCCGGCAGAGUUAUAUAUUAUAUACUAUAUAGUAUAUAUGUGAUAUGCUCUUCGAAUAAAAACUGUGGAUAAAUGAAGUUAUUUGUCGAUAUUGUGAAUAAUAUAUGUAUAAUACUA